UAUCAAUACAAUAGACACACGUUCAGUUGUUAUUCCAUUUUCGAAGUUUUACGUUCCUGUCGAUAAAAACGUGUCUUCGAAAAUUGGAAACCGUGCGCUAGAACCCCAAGUGGAACUCGUGGAGUUUGACCCAGAAAUGAGCGUCGCGGAUCUGCCUAGCGAAAUGAAAGAAGUUUUACUAGAAAUUAGCCCGAACUUUGAUGAAAAUCUGAAACGGGCUUUCAGGAACGAAGGAGUGAGGCUGCAGAGAGUGCAGAACAAUGGACGAUUUAUUCAUCAGCUGGACGACGUUCUCUUAUCCAUAGACGAUACCAAAAUCGAGUUACGCAACCUGAAAUUCCCCUGGAUCCCCGACUUCCGCAUCGUGGACUUGUCCAGCGACCUGCCCAUGUCAUGCCUCGACCUAAACCUAAACCUGGGCAAUUUGCGAAUUGAGGGCGAGUACGAAGCCAACAACACCACACUCAGGCGAUGGCUCCCGGUAUCUCACAUUGGUCGAAUCGUGAUCGGUUUUAACAACGUCCGAGCGAACGGAAAAGUCGGACUCGUGCUCGAGCAGGAUUCUUUCGUUCCGCAGAAUUAUGAUAUUAGAUAUGAGCCGACGGAUGUUGUUAUUAGGGUUAGCUAUCACGUGGAUGGCGAGAAUGAGGUGCAAAAUGAGAUUAGCAAUUCAGAUAUUGAGGCCACGCUAGGCAAGACCGUGUGGGUGCAGUUGACUGAGAUAUUGUCCAACCUGUUGCAUAGGCAAUUGGGCGAGGUUGUAGUGGAGUUUUCCGUGACGGAACUCCUCGUCGAUAGGGACGAGGAAUACAGGGAAUACGCCAAGGGACAAGCAGCGCGCGCCAAUAAACUCCUGGACUCGCUUUUGUGCUCAGCCAAGGACUAUUUAGUCGCGAAGGACUUGAGGACGGUCAAAACGCCACCCUUCGACGUCGUCUUCAAAGGGAAAGUCUCGGGGGUGCAGCAGGGGACCUUCAGCACGGGGGAAGGGUUCCUCCAAGACCUCGCCACUUUGACGCGGAGACACAGCUUUAGUUUGUACGAAGACAAACACAAACUCACGAUAUAUGGGGGGAUCAGGCUGAGGGAGUUUAAACUCGGGUAUGGGGGCUACCAGGGCCAGUACGAGGAAACGGCCGUCUCAGGCAGCAUCAAAGGCUCGCUCUACAAGAACGAGAUUUUCGUCAAGAUCACUGUGAAAAAAGAAGGCGAGCGGUGCUCGACUCAGUUAGAUUCCGUCCAAGUUGUUGUUGUAAAAGAUAUCGACAUCGACAUUUCCGGUUUGGCCUCUCUCAGUUGGCUCACGUCGAAACUGAAAUCUUGGGUGAUCGGACAUCUGCGUCAGCGGGCCCUCCCGGUGCUGGAAACCUACGUCAAGGAGGCUCUGCUUCAUGCCAUAACCAACACUGAUUGCGUUGCUCAGCUUGUCGAUUAAAUUGAUUUUCCAGGAAAUUGGAAAAAUGGAGGAGAUCAAUAGGAAUAACAAGUCCCAACGAGCACUAAUUUUUUUCAAUAAAGAAAAAUCAUGUUUGACUAAAACUACAAUAUUAUAACACA